CGCUCAAUGCGUCACUUCCGAUCCUCCGGUCAGACGGCCGCCAUCUUUCCCCCCGGUUUCUAAUGGCGAAUAACAGUGCGGCGGCCCUGGCUGGGACCCCGCAGCCCCCUCAGACUGGAGGCGGUGGGAACAAGUGCGCUCCGUCCGGGAAACCCGGCAACGUCUUACCGCUAUGGGGCAACGAGAAGACCAUGAACCUGAACCCCAUGAUCCUCACCAACAUCCUGUCCUCCCCGUACUUCAAGGUGCAGCUGUACGAACUCAAGACUUACCAUGAGGUGGUGGACGAAAUCUACUUCAAGGUAAGCUGGCUGGCCGACUGCAUGCCUUCCUCAGCAGCUCCCCGGAAGCAUGGCCACAUUCACUCACAAUCACAGCCUUCAUUAGAGCGGCUCUGGCACAAUAACUUUAUUUUUUUUUAAAUUUAUUAUAUAUACUUUUUUUUUUUUUUUAAAUCUUCCUUCCUUCCUCACAGGUUAUCGCCUAACUUCACCUUUAUUAUCAUUUUUUCCCCUAAUAAAUCACCCCCCCCCCCCCAAACUGUGCUCCUCUUUGCGCCACCGCCGAAUUCUCAUUCUCAGCGCCGUCCUCUUCUAACUAAUUGCUGGUAGCGAGGGGGUCACUGCCUUCCCUUGACCACCCGUUUGUUGGCUGCGCGUGUUCGGGAAGUCGUGAGCGAUUCGAAUGGAACCCCGGGCGUCCACGGUGCUUGGCAAUCUGGCAAGGCAAUGGAAGGAAGGAAAUGAUAGAGGUGAGUAGUGUGGGAAAGUUGCCUUGAUGAAGGAAGUGGAGUAAGCCAUUAUUAUUAUUGUCAUUUAUGUAGCGCCAACAGAUUCCGUAGCGCUUUACAAUAUUAUGAGAGGGGGGAUAUAACUAUAAAUAGGACAAUUACAAGAAAGCUUAUAGGAACGAUGGGUUGAAGAGGACGCUGCUCAGAUGAGUCUAUAGUCUUUAAUCUCCACCCUUUUGUCACGUUUGUCAAGCGUAUGAAAAAUACGUAGGACCAUGUAGCAUCCUACUUUGUUUGUUUUAAAGAGAAAUAGACCAAAAAAGAACAAAUUGGGAAAGAGAAGAGAAAACCGUAGGAAAAAGGUAAGUUUGAGGUGACAGAGCCAUUUUAAGGACUUAUGAAGCAUAACUUGCAGGUAAAGCAUAAUGGGAAUUUUACUUCUACAGCAAUUGGGUUCUAGCUUCUGGUGAGCUAGAUUCACUGUAUCUUUAACCCAAUAGUAGUCCAGCCAGGACUAGCUAUACAUGUGGGCAACACUUUUCUAUUUUUAUUUUUUGGUUGAGUUUCAUCCUUACAAAUUGGCCUCUGAUAGCAAUUUAUCUUAUGGCUUAACUUUACCUGAAGUUUGGCAGAUCAUCAUGGGCAGCACAGUCCAGACAAGGUGGAAUGGUUCUAUACCAUGCCUAAUGCAGAUUGACUAAUACAGCAACAUGAUGUGUGAUUAUAUUUCUUGUAGGAAAAUGAAAAUACAUGCAUCAUUUGACUUUUUUAAAUUUUAUUUUUGAAACCAGAAAAUCCUUUUUUAACAAAUAAACAAAACCAAAAUAGAAAGAUUUUAAAAAAUAUGUAAUAAACAUUUACAAACUUACCUUAAACCCAACACUGACGCCUGCUCUGACUGAAUCGCACUGAUCAGACUCUUUGUAUCAUACUGAUCACUCUUUUACUCCGGUUAGCAUGUUGCAAGGUGAAAAGAUCUUCAAACUGCACGUAUGUAAAUCUGUCAGGCAUGCCCAAUCCAAUUUUCCAGCUUUCCUGGGAAUAGGAAAAAAGAGCGGGGAGACAGCGCCUGUAGAAUUGUUCUCAAAUCCGGUGAUAUAUGAAAUAAGCAGAAAAACAUAAUAUAGUGUAGUAUAUUAUGAAUCCUGGUGGAAUAUUAAAAACAGAAAAGCACUUACAAUUUUCUGGAGCUUAUGUUCAGCUCCAGAUUGGUGAACAUGGACUGAACAUACCCUGUCUAUGGAUAAUAGUAGAUCCUGGUGCUUCUUAAUAGGUUAGUCCCAGGCUAUGGAUUGUUGUCCCGCUGGUGGGCGGUCAGAUGUCCUAAGCAGAGAGCAAAUCCAGGUAUUGCUCAAUCCUACAAGGCUUAGGUGGGUUGAUCCCCACCAAGGAUGUUCCUGUGAGAAUCUUCAGGAUAAAAAUAUUUUCAAAUAGGUCUGGAAUCUCCAAGGUAGUGUAAAGCAAAUACUUUAUUUUAGAUGAUAAAAACAUAAAACAUAAAAAGAUAAAUAACACUAACACGUUUCACCUCUGACAGGCUUUCGCAAAGUGAGAGAGCCUGUCAGAGCUCUGGCCUAUCUUUGAAAAUAUUUUUAUCCUGAUAUUUUAUCCUGAAGAUUCUCACAGGAACAUCCUUGGUUGGGAUCAUCCCACCUAAGCCUUGUAGCAUUGAGCAAUACUUGAAUUUGCUCUCUUCUUAGGACAUCUGACCGCCCACCAGCGGGAGAACAAUCCAUAGCCUGGGACCAAUACCUAUUAAGAAGCACCAGGAUCUACUAUUAUCCAUAGACGGGGAUUGUUCCGUCCAUGCGCAUCAAUCUGGAGCUGAACAUAAGCUCCAGAAAAUUGUAAGUGCAUUUGUUUUUAAUAUUCCACUAGGAUUCAUAAUAUACUACACUAUAUUAUGUUUUUCUGCUUAUUUCAUAUAUCUCCGGAUUUGAGAACAAUUCUACAGGCGCUGUCUCCCUGCUCCCUUUUCUGCAUUUUUACAAUUUACACUGCCACAAUAUGCAUAUCUUGACAGUAUUUCACAUGUCUUUUACCCCAUCUUCAUAAUGUAAAUUAUUUUUUGCCAGAAAAAACCCCAGGAGACACUAUAAGCACCAAGACAACUUCAGCUCUUUAAAAAUCUUCAAUGUGGGGCUUUCUAUUCAUUUCUUUUUUGUUCCUUCCCCCGCCCCCAUUUUAAUUUGUUCCUUCUGUUAUUACAGAAACAUAACUGCAAAUUAUUUGGCUUGGAUUUUAAGGGUUUAUUCACUUAGCAGGAAAUUGAAAAACAAAGCGUUAAUAUUAAGAUAAAAUGCUGCAUUGUGUAAAAAAAAAAAAAAUGCAUCCACUUUCUCUUUUUUUUUCAUCUUUGCAAUUUUUCCAUAAAGUUUGCAAUUUGAUUUCACCACAAUUCACUGCUCAGUAUGUAAAGUCUUUAGGAGUCAAACAUAUUAACUUGCUUGUAAGUUGCUUAUGUUCCCAGUGACUAGUUUUUAUCUGGAACACAUUACUGUUCUCUGUGAAAACACAGUACUUGGCAAUUACGCUUUCCUGUCUACCAUAUUGUGUGGCAGGUUUGCUCGUUAUGUAAUUAAAGUACACAUUGUAAUCUCCUUAUCGUAGGAGGUACAGGAUCUGUCUUUUUCUGCUCUGAGCUGUGCAAUAGAUCUUUCCUUUAAAAAAUAAUUGUGAAACUUCAUAUGGUGAGUAUGGAAAUUGAAUUUAGUGCUGCUCAUAUUAUUUAAAAUAUAUAAAUAUAAAUAUAUAUAUAUUUUUUUUAAUAUGAAAAUAUCUGAAUUUUUAAUCGGAGGUGCUAUUUUAUGUAGCUAACCUGGCCAUGGAAACAUUGGUUUACAGUUGAUUUGUUUGUCUUAAAGGACCACUAUAGUGCCAGGAAAACAUACUCGUGCCCCCUCCCGCUGGGCUCUGGGGGAGAGGAAGGGGUUAAACUUACCUUUUUCUCCAGCGCCGGGUGGGGAGCUCUCCUCCCUCUUCUCCUCUUCGGCUAAAUGCGCAUGCGCGGCAGGAGCCGCGCGUGCAUUCAGCCAGUCCAUAGGAAAGCAUUCACAAUGCUUUCCUAUGGACGCUGGCGUCUUCUCACUGUGAGUUUCACAGUGAGAAAUGCGGAAGCCCUCUAGCGGCUGUCAAUGAGACAGCCACUAGAGGCUGGAUUAACCCUAACAUAAACAUAGCAGUUUCUCUGAAACUAUGUUUAUAUAAAAAAGGGUUAACCCUAGAUGGACAAGGCACCCAGACUACUUCAUUAAGCUGAAGUGUUCUGGGUGCCUAUAGUGGUCCUUUAAUCAUGUAUUGCCCCACUCCAACUUGUUUACAUGUUGUACUUACAAAUUCUUUCUUGCUGCUAUGAGGCUUUGAAUUUACCUGGUAUUUGUAGCUUAUACAAAUCUUGCAUAAAAAAAAAAUAUAUAUUUAAAAGUGUAAUUGCUAUUAUACAUGGAAAUAGAAGCAGAUCUGUCUGAAUUACAAAAUGGAGGCUACAGUAGCCAAUAUGCCACUAUUACUUAAAAGUAAUUUAAAAAAAAAAUUUUUUUUCUAUAAAUCUGCUAUUGGUUAAUUUUUUAUUUUCUUUAUUUUUUUUACUGCUACAUCUCCUCACACAAUGUGCAAUAGGUGCCUGUGGCAUCUAAUGUUCUAGAAGAGAAUCAUGCAAAUGAGUACUUAAUAUUCCUGGUAGCUCCAUCUGUGUUUUGUUAAGCAAUGGACACCUACAGUUUGAAUGGGUGAUCCAGCUGUAAUGUAGCUUUGGUUUUGCCAUGACAUUUUAGAGAACUAUGUAAUUUAAAUAUUACUUUGUGAAAAUGCUAUUAUUUCUAUGUGCAUAAGUGCAGGUAAUAAAAUUGCAUGCUAAAGAAUGUCACGUACAAAUGUUUAUGCACAAGCAUGCUCAAAGGCUCCACCGUUCAUAUGGGCUUAUUUGAUGGCAAACAUGCUAUAUAGUCAUUGAGACUGGCUCACCUUGGCAUAUUCUGAACAAAUUAAAAUAAAAGGCAUAAAAAGUUAAUCUUGAUGGUAAAGCUCUUUGAGAGGUUGGGUUCAGACAAAGUUAAAAUGUUAAAACUUCUGGUAAUUUUUUUUUUUUAACUUGCCAAAGAAUAGGUCUCUGCAAUUUGCAUUGUACUCUCUCCAUGCAAACUCAGUGACAUUUCUUUUUAUAGGAACAAAGUAUUUGUCACUCUGUCUUUGAUCAGCGUGGAAUAUGUAAUCUCAUAUUAUCAUUUUUCAGGUAACACAUGUUGAGCCAUGGGAAAAAGGCAGCCGGAAAACUGCUGGGCAGACAGGGAUGUGCGGAGGGGUAAGUACAAGUACGUGACUUCUCAUUUUUGGUGCUUUAACUGCCUCCAGAGAGAGGCUGGAAAUUUUCUCAUUCUCUCUCUGUGCCUCUUCUCCAUCCCACUUUCUGUUUGUAUUUUCCGGGCAACACUUUAAAACACUUAUUUGAAUAGAAAACAAUACAUAAUUACUCUUGCCUUUUUACAUUGUCAUGAAAAGGAUGGAGGGUAAAAAUAAAAAAAGGUUGAAAUGUGAAGGUAAGUAAUUCUGGGUUCGCCACUAGAAGUUUUUGUUUUGUACGUUUGCUAUAGGAUUAAUAUUUUUUUGUACUGCUGUUACACAAGUAGCAUUGACUGCAAUGUGUCAAGCGGUCUAACUGACAUGGGAUACUUAUUUUCUACAGAUUUAUUCCUGCUGGAGAACAAGAUUACUUUAUUGGUUAGCAAUAUUUUGUAUAAUCUUCAUUCAGGGCCAAAAUUUAAAGGCAAGAAAUUUUAUAUUGUGUGUGUGUGUGUAUGUAUGUAUGUAUGUAUGUAUAUAUAUAUAUAUUCUCCAGCGCACUCCCUUAUCUACUAAACCGCUACUUUGGUGCUGACAGAUUUUACUAGUUUUAUUAAAAACACCUAAUCUAGGCAAAAAAAUAAUGGAGAUUUAUAAUGUAACUAAAUCCCCAUUAUUUUUUUGCCUAGAUUAGGUGUUUUUAAUAAAAGUAGUAAAAUCUGUCAGCACCAAAGUAGCUAUUUAGUAGAUAAGGGAGUUCGCUGGAUUUUCAUUUUUAUUGUACUUAUUGGCCCCCAGCAGCACCCCAUUUAAGCAUGUUCAGGUGAGUGCAGCCAGCCCCGUGUGUGUGUGUGUGUAUAUAUGUGUAUAUAUAUAUAUAUAUAUAUGUGUGUGUGUAUAUGUGUAUAUAUAUAUGUGUGUAUAUAUAUAUAUGUAUAUAUAUAUGUAUAUGUAUGUGUGUGUGUAUAUAUAUAUAUAUAUAUAUAUAUAUAUAAAUAGCGAAGGCUUGCACUCCUGGUGUAAUCCUGUGGUGCCCGGUGCUGGUCUGGCAAGGAUCAUGUAGACAUAGCAGAAAUGACCGCACUCCAAGGACUUUAUAGAGAUUUUCAAAUAAAAUUUAGCUUUUAUUCAAUCCAUUUAAAAAGUCAACGUUUCAGCUCCCACAUGGAGCUUUCAUCAUGUUUUGUCCUGAUGAAAGCUCCAUGUGGGAGCUGAAACGUUGACUUUUUAAAUGGAUUGAAUAAAAGCUAAAUUUUAUUUGAAAAUCUCUAUAAAGUCCUUGAUGCGGUCAUUCUGCUAUGUCUAUAUAUAUAUGUAUAUAUGUAUGUAUGUGUGUAUAUGUAUAUAUAUGUGUGUGUGUGUGUGUAUAUAUAUAUAUAUAUAUAUAUAUAUAUAUAUAUAUAUAUAUAUAUAUAUAUAUAUAUAUAUUUAUUUCUCAUAACUUCAAGGGAACCUAUAGUCCCAAAAAUAUAAAUAAUUUUUUUUUUUUUUUUUGUGAGGGGGAGGAAUUGUAGAUCUCCUUCUAUUGAUGUGAUCAUUGUCCCAACCCCUUUGCUUUAAAAUGUAAUUUUUUUUUAACCUAGUUUCCAGCGCAGAGUCUUCUCCACUGCAGUUGCCCACUCCACCUUCCUAGGCAUGCCAAAAAUAUGUCUAACAUAUUCAUAAUCUUGUUCAAUCUAGUGUUUCACAUACACAAGCAUUAGAUUGGAGAUUCACAGGCAAACAUUACUCCAAUCUAGUGGAGCUAUGAAUUACAUUUGAUUGCAGGGCCUAGUUUCAUUCUGUUCUAGAGGAUGUUCUUCUAGUGGUUAGGAAGGCAGCCACUAGCGUUGUAUUUAACUCUGCAAUGUAAACAUUGCAGUUCCUACAAAACUGCAGUGUUUUACAUUGCAGGGUUAAAAUGACAGGGCUACUUGUUGAGAUUACAUUGUCUGGGUGGCUUUAGUGAUCCUUUAAAUUCAUUGAAGUUAUGUGGGUAGGAGUAUCUGCGCACUAUCUUACCUUCAGGUAUUAAACAUUGUGCAAAGGUGGGGCUCCCAGCUUUUCCUCUCUGCAUUAUGAGAGGAUUCACUGAUUCUGUAUUAUUAGAGAAGAAGGAAGUCAGGGGCAGCAGUGUCGCGUGCUGGAGCUUCAACAACGUGGGUUAAAACCUUGCAAAACUCCUGACAGUGAGACUGCACUUGGAUACUUCUCCUUCAUAACUUAACUUUAAGCCCAAGUGGUUAUGGUACUGGAAGUGUUCCUUCAAUCAACACAUAUAUAAUUAGUCCUACUCUCACACAUACCUGAUCAUUCACAAUCAUACCAUGCCCUGCCUCUCAUAAUCACAUACCAGAGUAUCCAUACAUGGUGUCACAAACCUAGCUGUUUACACCUAUUUUGUCUGGAACAUCCCAAAUUCGCAAUGACCUUGGUGCUAACCUUCAUUGGUGGUAAGGAGCUGGGAGGAAGAGAUUUCAGUUUGCAGUACGUUCCUUUGUGUCUAGAUGGCUCACUUCCAGUUAUAAAGAGUCUUUAAAAAAGAUUUGAGCAUUUCUAGCCAUUUUAUAUUAGAUGGAGCUAUAAACACACAGAUCAGCCAUUCUGAUGGGUAGUUUAUCAGCCUAGAAAAUGUAGUGCAACAGCAGUGUCAGAUGUUAGCCAUCAGGGGCUUCUGAAAAACAGUGUUCUUGUUUUGUUUUUUCAAUAUAGAGAUAUAGAUAGAUAUAUCAGGUGACCAAUUUAUUUAUUUGUAUCUUUUGUGGGGGUUUUUUCACGUAAGUUUUUGUCUUGUCAAUGCUGCUAAUGUCCAAAUAACAUGUUGGUGUCUGCAUUUCUAGGUGCGUGGGGUUGGCACAGGUGGCAUUGUGUCUACUGCAUUUUGCCUUCUGUAUAAGCUCUUCACAUUAAAGUUGACCAGAAAGCAAGUGAUGGGUCUUAUUACACACACAGAUUCCCCUUACAUAAGAGCACUUGGAUUCAUGUACAUAAGGUAAGGAGUGUUUUCAGGUGUCUGUCUGACAGGCUUGCUCUGUCAAAAUCAACCAGUGAAAUAGUCAGCAGAUGUGUAGACUAGACUAAAAUUUAGUUGAAUUGUGUUUAGAAUGUCUUAACUCUUUAGUUCAGUGUCAUCCUUUACAUUGUCCUAUGUAACUUAGAAAAUUGGUAUAGGAAAGCAAAACCAGGAUACUUUUUGGAAACCUCAUCCAAUUGACCGCAAAUAUGACUGGAAUUUUAUUGAAAAAUGUCAUCGCUAUCUUGGACAUAUUUAUGAACAUGCUGAAGAAUUGAAUAUCUUUCCAACAGACUACUUUGUACUAUUGGAUAACCUCCACUGUGGUGUUUUUUUUAUUUUUAUUUUUUUUUUAUUUUUUUCUUGCUGCAUCGAAUUCCAGGAAAUAAAAAAAUAAAAAAUUAACCUGGGAUUAAGUCUGCUUUGUGGGUUAAAUGAUGCGCAUGUCACCUUUCCACUCAAAAAAAUUAGCAUUUGUUACUGUUCAGGUAGAAUGUCAGUUUAAUAGGAGUUUAUUUUCGCUGUAGGCAAUGUGCUUUGUGCUUGUAAUGCAGAGUGAAUCUCUGCAUGCCCUUGUGAUUUGUGGAUCUUUUUUAGUGUCUCCUUUCAAGAGAACUGUAAAAGAACAUUCUAGUGGGGAUUACAUUUAACAUUUUACUUACAUUUUAGUAGAUAUACCACAAUGAAUACAUGCAUGGAUUUAAUGCUAGUUUUUAAUUAUUUUGUAAUUGGGAGAGAGAAACUGUAGGGCCCAGCACAUAGAACACUUCAUUGAGAUGAAGUGGUAUAUUUGAUUUAUAGUGGUCUUUUAAGUGUUUUUGAUGGUUGAUUUAUUUAUUGGGAGUAGUGUGGAGGGUCUCAUAAUUAAGCUUUUCACUCUGUAACUUUUUUGGUUUUAGCUACCCUGUACUUAUAGCUACACUCAAUGUUUUCACAAAGCAGCUUCUUUACUAGGUGUAUUCGGAUUGCAUUUUCAUCCAAUAAGAGAUCAGUGUGAGCUGAGCUGCUGUGCAAAGGGGAAAGGGUACGAAUAAUAGGAGAACAAUUGAUUUAUAGCAUACAUCACAAUAUUGCUAGCUGCUUGUGCCUGAUGUCCUUGGAUGUGGGACAUUUAGUGUCUGGCUAAUGGAUAAGCAUCCUUUUAUCAGCUUGUCUAGCAUAAGGCUACUUAUCAGUAUGUUACAAACUGUAUGAGCUAACGUUGAUUGCUUUGUUGGCUAAUUGUCAAAUUUAUUACAGAUACACUCAGCCACCAACAGACCUAUGGGACUGGUAUGAAGACUUCCUUGAUGACGAAGAGGUAUGUCAUCAAGGGUAAUAAUUUACUUUUCAUUUGUGCUUUUUUGCAUUUAGUCAAUAAUAACUUUCCACAUUGACACCUUACGUAUAUGAAUUAUUUAUCUGUACUUAACAAGGAAAUUAUGUUAAUUGAGUAGUGGAGUUCAAAUGACUACAAAUUACGGUUACUGACUGUGUUGUGUUUGUGUGUGCACGCAGUGUAUGAGCAUAUAGUACUUUAAUUUCUUUCAAGGAGUCUCUUGGUGUCAUGAAUACAUGUUCACAUUUACAGACCUGCUAAAGCACAUUCAUAAUCUCCUUUGCUAUUUCGUUCCAAAAACUCAAAAUAUUUAGAAAAGCAGAGCAUCAUGGGGAAAUGUAAUUUGCAAGUAUCUGCAGUGCCAAAUUUAGCCAUCGCUAAAAACAUUGACUUUGUGUCCAUUCAUACUUAAGCUAACCUGCUGUUUUCUCCUCUAGAUCUUUGUGCUGCAUCAGUUGUAUUGGGCGAACUUAAUCUGAACACAUACGUGUGUGUGAGUGCAAGCAGUUUUACGUUAAGAUUCGCCUCUAAUUCUGGUCAGAGCUUGAAUUCAAAGCAUUAGUUCUGGGGGAAGUGGACAUUUUAUCUGAAAUUUAAAAUACACUGGGUUCUGUAGACUACUUAAAUUAUGUCUAUUACUCGCAACUUGUCCCACAAUAUUAUUUUUGGGAAAUAUGGGUACUACUUCAGUAAAGGGUAUCUGCUUUAAAGCACCAUCAUUUUUUUUAUUUUAUUUUUUUUAGGUUCUUUAGUUAGAGGAAUUGUCCCUACCUCACUUUCAGCACAUUCAAAUGGCUAGCUAAAUAUUGGUUGUGCUAGAAGUUUUCUAAAAAAAUGUUUGUUUUCCUGCAUACUUAUUAAAGUAUGUAAAUUGGUAAACUGUGUCCUAUGGUCUGUACAUGCGCGUGGAUAGAAUUUAUAUUAGAUACCCUAGCUGUAAUAGGAACAAAGAACGGUCAAUGUGACCGUUCCUCUUUAAAGGAGCACUACAACCCUAACAUCCCAUUUCUUUUGCUCUGAGAAGCAGUGCUGCUCUCUUCGCGGCUGGCCCUGCCUCCUUUGUUGAGAUCAUCAGUAUUAAUAAUCUCAGCCAAACCAGUGCUUUCUCAUAAGAUUAAGACUAGUACGCAUGUGCUACGAGAAUCGGAUGGUAUCGAUGAGAACAUCUGAUUAAGAAAAAGCCAAGUUGUACUCUUUCUGCAGAAGCGGCUCUAGUGACUACCAGUGUGACAGCCACUAGAGGCAUUCAAACCCUGCAAUGUAAACAUUGCUAUUCCUGCAGAAGAGGGACAUGGCACACGGACCAUUUCAUUGAGAUGGUGUGCUCUGGGUGCCUAUACUUUGUUUUUUCAUGGAGUUGUGUAUGAAUUUCUUUGUGGCUGGCUGUGAGUGAUAUAUUGCAGGCAAAAUUACACUUAUAGGAUACGCCGGCUAUAAUUACUAUUAUAGUUUUGUUCUGCACAGUUAGAAACAUAGUUAUUAGGCCACAAUAAAAAAUAAACUGUACCAAUCAAAUACAUACUUAUCAUGUUGCUUCCUUUUCUACCCUCAUUUUUGUUUUAGGACUUGGAUGUGAAGGCAGGCGGAGGCUGUGUAAUGACUAUAGGGGAAAUGUUGCGUUCUUUUCUCACAAAGCUGGAGUGGUUUUCCACAUUGUUUCCAAGAAUUCCAGUACCUGUCCAGAAGCAUAUAGAUCAGCAGAUCAAAACCAAGCCAAGGAAAGUUAAAAAGGAAGGUGCAGAGGAGUUGGAGGAAGUGGAUAGACACACUGAGAGAAGACGGUCCAGGUGAACUGUUAGAUUUUUCAAUGUCUUUUGUGUAUUAUAUACAAUUUUUUUUUUUUUUUUUAAUUGAUGUAGUAUUAAUCAAACCAAAUUUAUAAAUGGUGCAGAAACUAUUAUGUAAUAGUACAAUUUUAAUGUUUAAUUUUGUAGUUAACAGACGUACAAUUAAAUGUAUAGAUUGGGAGAUUAACCAAUCUAAAAAUGCAAUGUGAUGGAUUUGAUUAAUCCCGACCUAACCAAUUCUUCUAGUGCUGGCCAGGAGUAUAAGCACACAUCACCAUUUCCAGAUGCUGACAUUGUAGCUAGGAUGUUGGCAUCGUGGAUGUUUGCCCUGCUUGGGGACGUGUCCUUAUGCAAGGCAAAUCAUAGAGCAUGGGACCGGAGGUGGCUACUAUAAUGGAACACUCAAAGAGCUGCCGUUAUAAAAAGUAAAUCUGAUUGUGUAUUUUUGUUUUGUUAUUUACAAUAUGUAUUCAAUGUCCAUGGGGGCAGUCCUCUAUUAAAGUGAACCUGUUAUGACUACAUGCAUUUUCUAUGCAUAUGUUUCGACUUUUCACGAAUUCCUGUGGGCGAUGUUGGGGUCAUUCAUAAUCCCUAAAGGUUAAUCUGUGGGUGCGGGGGGGGGGGUUUUGGCUUUGCGUGGGUGUUUCCCAGUCAAAUGCGAUAUGUGCAAUUAAUCUUGAAUCACUGAUUAUACAAACAACCUGCAAGGAAUAUAACCGGUUAUGUUUCAUUUGUAGAGAUUCAUUUUUUUAAAUUUUUGUUUUCUUAACUUUUGAAUGCAGAAAUAUUAAGACUUUUCUAUUUUAUUUAGGUCUCCAAAAAGAUCAGCUAGCCCCAGAAGAUCACCAAGAAGAUCCAGAAGCAGGAGUCAUCACAGGGAACACCAUGGAACUUCAAGCUUUGACCGAGAAUUGGAAAGAGAGAAGGAGCGUCAGCGUUUGGAAAGAGAAUCCAAAGACAAACGUAGGUCAAAAAGCAAUGAACGAGGGGUGGAACGUAAAAGAAGCAAAAGCAGGGAAAGACAUAGAACAAGGAGUCGAAGCAGAGAUCGUAAAACAGACCGUAAAGAGAGAGAGAAAGAAAAUGAGCGGAGCAGAAAGCGGGACUAUGACCGGAAAGGUAAUGGCAAGGAUGCAGAUAGAACAAGAGAGAGGUCAAGAGAACGCAAAAGAAGUGAGGAGAAAAGGGACAGGGAUGAUAAAAGACACAGAGAUGACAAAGAUUCUCGUAAGGAACGAAGACAUAGUAGAAGCCGAAGUAGAGAUAGGAAGCAGAAGAGCAGUAAAAGUCCAAGCAAAAAUGCGAGUGGGCGAAGUCAUAGCAAAGACAGGUCAAACCGACAUAAGGAGAAAUCCUAUAAGCGCAGCAAAAGCCGAAGUCCAACAGACAGUAUGGAGAAGUCAAGAAAACGUGACCGUAGUUCAAGCAGGGAGAGACCACGAAAACGUAGUAGGAGCAAGGAACGAGGGCAUAAACGUGACCAUGAGAGCAAAGACCAUGAACGUCACAGUUCUGACCUCGAGGAAAAGAAUCGAGGCAAAGAUGAGACUCAGUGACAUUUUGAAUAAGUGGAUCACAUUGAAUCCUAUUUCUUUUGGGCUUUUUUUUUUUUUUUUUUUGCCCCAACUUCCCAUUUUAUUUUGUCAAAGUUCUAAACUGUUCUGUAGCACUCUUCUGUAAUCUGUUUAAUUUUUAUUAGUUGUUUUUUUUUGUUUUUUUUGUUCCUCCCUUUAUUUUUAGACUGUGUAAAAUCUUAAUUCCCAGUUCAUUAUGUAGGGAAGUGCCUUUUGGGAGUCCCUUGUGCAUUGGACAUAAUGCUACCUUCCCUGCAUUUGCUGAAUCCCCCAAUGCGCCUGUUGUUGCAUUUUUAUUGGUUCAGUGUUCUUGAACUGUACAGCUUGUACAUGAAAUUCCCUGAUGUUUUAAUUCCAUUUUGGCACAAUAGACCUGCAGGUUCAGUUUGUAAGGGGCACUAAAUUUGCCACUUCUCUCGUUCUAAUGCUUGUGAGGUUGUGAUUUCCUCCUGACGCAGAGUGCAUGGCUUAGCUGACUUUUUGUUAGGACAGCUAUUUGACUUUUGUGUUUUCUAAAACCGAUAUGAAUGCAGAAUUGAAAUUUGUGUUAUUGUCCAACUGUAAACGAUUUUUUAAAAAAACAAAAAAAUUUACAUUUUGAUCUAUUAUGUCAGAUGACUUUAUCAGUUGCAUUCCUUCACCAAUUCUUUGCUCCCCAACAAAGCUAUCAGGGGAGUGGACAGUGUUUAUAAAAUGGAACAAAACAUUUUAUUGCUUUUAAGGGAUUUAUGUCUAUAAUGAGCACACUGUGGAUAUCCGUUAAUUAUGUGUUUUACUGCAGCUCAGUCUUACAUUUUAGAGCGAAGUGGAAUCUUAAAAUCUGCAUUAGACCGUUCUCAUUGAAUGAGAAUAUCAAAUGGCUAGCAAUAUGAUCAUACAUCAGGAAUUCAGUUUGUGAACCAUUUGAAGCUGCAGUCUGCUACACAUUGAGUUAUAAGAGUUGAAAAAUAAUGCAAGUGUGUGUAGAAGUAGACUCAUAAAAUUUGUCUCUUGACAAACUAUCCACUAUUUGCUCUUGUAAUACUUUUGAAAGUGGUGUUAAUUUACAAAUGAAUAGUGUCUCCUCCCUUCCUGCUGGUAAAUGGUUAGUGUGCACAGCACUAGCCAAGAUUUAAAUUCAUACAACGUUUUUAUUUUUAUAUUUACAUAGUGGAACAAAAUAAAUCUUUGUGCGUAUAUGUACAAAUAAACAUAUGGUUGAAUACAUAUGAAGAGUAAAAUAAGUAGCAUUGAACACUAGCCCUGAACUCAUAAUCUCAGAACAUUUACAUCAGUUUUGUCAAAAGGGCUAAUAGGGAAGUCUCAUUUCUGUAUUACAUGGUCUUCUGGGGAAGUUUGUAUCAUGUACUUGUGCAUCAAAAGUGCUGGAAAGAGGUUACCAGGAUUCCAGGGAGAAGGCUAACAUCAAUGAAUG